AUGGUCUGCUACGAGAGUGCCACAUUGCCAUCAAACUCCUCCAGCGACAUUAUUCUCGCAGAGGGGGAUGCAACUGCGGCUCCACCGCACAAAGUACAACAUCUCGACUCUAGAGAGCGGCAAUCCCUCCGCGAUGAAGAUGGACAAAAAAAUUUUCAACCGUUUGGCUACACUUCCACCAAGAUCCAACGUAGAAAACCGCUCUUUGUGACGGCCCUCUGGUCAACAUCACUCCCUAUCUGGGAUGUGAAAACCAAGCUCACACUGAUUCUUUUCGCGUUGGUGCUAUUGACUUUCGCGGAUGGAGGCGGUGUGCACUAUGAGCGACAAGCAGGAGGACAAAGCCAGGAGCAUGUUGCUGCGGACAGCGCGGGGAUGCAGCGCGUGGCUUCAGACCACGAGCACUUGCGGGUCAAAAAUUCGAAGAAAUUUCGAAACGAAAGAAGGACCGAUGUGGUGGUCGCUCCAGUGUAUCCUCACUCGCCAGCUCCGCGGGGAAGGAGGACGCAACGUGUUCCUCCGGGCGAGCACGAUGGGAGGAACAACAUCCUUGCACAAGAUGAUUCCGCUGCAGUGGUAGUUUCCUCAAAACCUACGAGCACAGCGAAUCUGGUGGAGACCAGCCGUAUAUCCGGCUAUUCGACAGAAGUGGUAAAUAAUGCUUUUGCGUCCCCCAACACAUUAACUGCAUAUCAGGAACCUACCAACCUCGCCCGACUCCGCUCGAUCGAAGCGGAGAUUGAGUUUUCGUGGGCGAGUUACUGGGCCCGGGCCCGUGGGCACGACGAGGUGGGCCCGAUUUCUGGCGCGGCGAAGGACUGGGACUACUCUCUGGCGUUUUUCGUCGACGGACUGGACACGCUGUUGCUCGCUGCAGGAUCAUCUUCGGAGAGGACGAGGACAGACGAAAAUAAUACCACUUCAGUUUCCCUACCCAGCCACGUGGACGCAGCCUUGCGGUACCUAUGCCAGGGUGAGGGCAAGAAGUUUCUGCUCGGUGGAACUUCCCGCGGGCGAGACAGCGCAAAGGACGUCUCGUUCUUCGAGACGACGAUCCGCAGGCUGGGGGGCUUACUCGGCGCAUACCACGUUUGGGAAACGGGUUUUCAGCAGCGAGUACAGCCUGCUUUCGAUGAAGAGAGGAAGAACAAGAACCUGGAACAUGACUCGACCAGCUACCCCUCGUGUUUCCAGGAGCUGAUUAGGGACACCGCGAUAAGACUGCAAACUGCGUUUGCUGAGUUUCCCGACAAGGUGAGGCGUGACAGUGGAACAAAAGCGCCACCGCACAAGAAGUUUUUCUUCCCGCGCGGAGAAGUCACUUUGUUCGCAACCGAGGACGACAAGGCUGGUACUUUUGACCACGCCCCCGCUGACCAGGGCCGCUUCAACUCGGGUCGCACGCAGGUCGGCCUGGCGGAGGCCGGGUCCAACCUGCUGGAGUUCGAAGACGCGGCGGCGAUUUUGCAGGCCCCGGAGCUUGCAGAGCGAUCCAAGCGGGUGAUGGCAGAGGUGAAUGCUGAAGUGCGCAGAUCGUACUUGUUACCAGCUGCGCCCGAUGGGGAUGUCAGACACGGAGGGCGAGAGACACGAAGCCGAAGCUCACUACCCGGGCGGCUGAUCGAGCCGAUGCCUGAGAAAGAUGCGGAUGAGAACGAUGGCCGCUUGUACUUGCGCAGCGAAAACAGGCACGUUCGAGCUAAAAGCAUCGGGCCGCUUGGCGCGGCAUCACACUCGGAGAAGCAGCUGCGUCUGCACUCGAGUGGCCAGGCGACCGUCUCCGCCGGCACGGACAGCUACUACGAGUACCUGCUCAAGGGGUGGCUGAUGGCGAACCCAGGUGGCGGGACGGGUGCAGCGAGAGGAAACCAGGAAGACUACCUACAGCUUUGGGUCGACGCAAUGCGGACCAUGCGGAGUCAAUUGAUGCGGCCGAUUCCACAGACUUUCUAUAUCGCGAUGAAAAUUUUUGUGGCGAAGGCGGGGUCAACCUCGGAACUUUCUUGUUACCUGACUAUGUAGAAGGACUAGACGCAAACCUUGGUGUUGUCGGACUUCCAGGAGCUGAAUAGAUGUAAUUCUAUGACUUUCCUGAAAACUGCUUUUGUUCACACCAGCAGACCGUCUCGCUUGCCGACUUAUUUCUGAAAAAAUUUUGCUCACGACGUGUAGUUCUCACAAUCAUGAUUUUCACUGCGAUUUUUCCCCCAGCACCGAAGGAGCAUCAUGAUUCCGACCAGACUCCCGCCACUCUCUACUUUCUCGCGGACACUCCGGGCGCCAGCACCAUGCAGCACUUGGGCUGCUACGUGCCGGGAAUGAUGAUUUUGGCCUUGUACGGCACGGAAGGCGAAAGGGAUGCAGUUGCCCUCCCAGGGCAAGCAUCAGGAAAGAAACUGCCUUUCCUGGUACGGGCGGGAUUUUUAUCCGGCCAAGAGGAGUUCGACGCUUUCUUGCAGACCGCCAAGCACCUCCUGCGGACCUGCUUGGCCUUUCACGACGCCGAUGAACGGUUUUUGGCGCCCGAAGUGGUGCGGUUCGGCAAGCGGACCGGGAAGAUGGGGAUUAUCGACGGCAAGAACCAGCUGCGCCCGGAGAUUCUCGAGAGUUUGUUCUACUUCUACUACUUCGACGUGGAUAUUGUGCCCAGGAGCUCGGAGGAAAAACGACAUGGAAAAGGCCAGCCUGCUGUACCGUUCCCGCACUUCGACGCAUGGUCGGCGUUUCCAGGGGAAACUGCUGACGGCCGAGGUGGAGCCGCGAUAAGUACUAGGGGAGCAGAGAAGAUUUCUUCAUCUGUCGUAUCUCCAUCACUGUCCCGAUCCCGCGUCUACUACCGGAAUUUUGCAUGGAGGAUUUUCUCUGUUUUCAAGAAGUUUGCGAAGACGAAAUACGGGUAUGCGAGCACCGACGUGGUGGAGGGAGACAAAGUAGAGGGUAGUAGCGUUUCGGCGGAAGAAGUGGGAGAAGGUGACGAAGAUGGAUCGAAAACCAUUCCGCGCCACGAGGACAAGGAGGAGUCUUUUUGGCUCGCGGAAACGCUGAAGUACCUGUACAUGAUUUUCCAAGAGCCAGUGGUUUUUGGAGCUUCGUCUUCUCAAAUUUCUGUCGCUGGAACCGGAAACACAAACAGCCAAACUUCCGCAACCUCCGGCAUAAUCGACCUAAACCAAUUUGUGCUGAAUACUGAAGGACACCCAGUGCGACGGCGCGUAUCAUCCGACAGCUGGCCUAGGUAAGAAAGUAUUUCCUUGUCGAUGUCUGGUUUCAAUUUUUCUUUGACUCUAUUGUACAAUCAAACAAUCCGAUCUUUUUCUGCAAUAUGGGUAAAACGUACUUCAACCGAUUUCCCUUGCCACCCACUGUACAGAAUACCACAUUGAUGUUUCUCAUGAUGUAUCAACUGUUUUCUCUCCAGGUCGUGUGUGGUUUAAGAAGAUAUGAAGUAUCUCAUUCCAAAGUUUCUCCAUUCAAUUUUCAUGCGUUUCGAUGUUUCUACUUUGUGAUGGCUUCAACUAUGCUGUUUGUGCUUUGCCUUGUCAGCGGUAUGCAUCACUCUUUUCCUUGACAGUACCACUCGAGAUGUGUGUCUCAUUUUGAAUUGUACCUACGAGAACGAAGAAAGAAGCCAU